CCUCAGCUCCCCACUGCUCCAUCCCACAAGCACCCUCCUCAUCUCUCUGGCCCGUCUCCGUUCUCCAUGAACUCCAACUUGCCUCCUCCACCCGCUUUGAAACCUCUGAGCUCCCUCUCGACUCAUCACCCCCCAUCUGCACACCCUCCUCCUCUGCAGCUGAUGCCUCAAAGCCAACCCCUGCAGUCCUCACAAGCCCAACCUCCUGUCCUGACCCAGAGUCAGAGCCUUCCCCCUCCUGCUAGUCACCCUCCCUCUGGGCUCCAUCAGGUAUCCUCCCAGCCCCCCUUUUCUCAGCAUCCCUUUGUCCCAGGAGGGCCACCUUCCAUCACCCCUCCUUCGUGCCCUUCCACGUCCACACCUCCCACCGUGCCUGGCAUCCCGCUCCAGACUUCCAUCUCCACAUCAGCAGCCUCUAGUGGGACUGUGCCAGUGGUGACAGCCUGCACGCUGCCACCGAUCCAGAUCAAAGAGGAGGUCCCAGAUGAAGCUGAGGAACCAGAAAGUCCUCCACCUCCACCCAGGAGUCCAUCCCCAGAGCCCACUGUGGUGGAUAUCCCAAGUCAUGCCAGUCAGUCAGCCAGGUUCUAUAAGCACCUGGACCGUGGCUACAAUUCAUGCUCAAGAGCAGACUUAUACUUCAUGCCUCUGGCAGGAUCCAAACUGGCCAAGAAGAGAGAAGAGGCCAUUGAAAAGGCCAAAAGGGAAGCAGAGCAGAAAGCCAGAGAAGAGAGGGCAAGAGAAAAAGAAAAAGAGAAGGAAAGAGAGAGGGAACGUGAGCGGGAGCGAGAGGCAGAGAGAGCUGCGCAGAAAGUAUCCAGCUCCUCCCACGAAGGCCGUCUGGGGGAGUCCCAGCUGAGUGGCCCAGCACACAUGAGACCUUCCUUUGAACCUCCCCCCACCACCAUUGCUGCUGUCCCACCUUACAUCGGGCCGGACACGCCGGCGUUACGGACACUGAGCGAGUACGCGCGGCCGCACGUCAUGUCGCCCACGAACCGCAACCACCCCUUCUUCGUGCCCCUGAACCCCACGGAUCCCCUGCUGGCCUACCACAUGCCUGGGCUCUACAACGUGGAUCCCACCAUCCGGGAGCGGGAGCUGCGGGAGAGGGAGAUCCGGGAGAGGGAGAUCCGGGAGCGGGAGCUGAGGGAGAGGAUGAAACCAGGCUUCGAGGUGAAGCCGCCCGAGCUGGACGCGCUGCACCCCGCUACCAACCCCAUGGAGCAUUUUGCCAGGCAUGGAGCACUGACUAUUCCACCCACAGCAGGACCUCAUCCCUUUGCUUCCUUCCAUCCGGGGUUGAACCCUCUGGAACCCGACAGGCUGGCGGCGGAGCGGAUCCACGCCGAGCGCAUGGCCUCGCUGACCAACGACCCCCUGGCACGGCUGCAGAUGUUCAACGUCACACCUCACCACCACCAACACUCACACAUACACUCACAUCUACACCUACACCAGCAGGAUCCCUUACAUCAAGGCUCAGCAGGACCUGUUCACCCACUGGUGGAUCCUUUAGCAGCUGGACCCCACUUGGCACGUUUUCCCUACCCACCUGGGACCAUCCCCAACCCAUUGCUAGGACAGCCACCUCACGAGCAUGAAAUGCUCCGACAUCCAGUCUUUGGUACUCCUUACCCACGGGAUCUGCCUGGUGCCAUUCCACCUCCCAUGUCAGCAGCUCACCAGCUGCAGGCCAUGCACGCCCAGUCCGCAGAGCUGCAAAGACUGGCAAUGGAGCAGCAGUGGUUGCACGGCCAUCCUCACAUGCAUGGUGGGCAUCUACCCAGUCAGGAAGAUUAUUACAGUCGACUGAAGAAAGAAGGCGACAAACAGUUGUAA